AUGCCAUCAUACUCUCUACCCUGUCCUACUGUCCCCCAGUGUGGACGCUGCCAUCAUACUCUCUACCCUGUCCUACUGUCCCCCAGUGUGGACGCUGCCAUCAUACUCUCUACCCUGUCCUACUGUCUCCCAGUGUGGACGCUGCCAUCAUACUCUCUACCCUGUCCUACUGUCCCCCAGUGUGGACGCUGCCAUCAUACUCUCUACCCUGUCCUACUGUCUCCCAGUGUGGACGCUGCCAUCAUACUCUCUACCCUGUCCUACUGUCUCCCAGUGUGGACGCUGCCAUCGUACUCUCUACCCUGUCCUACUGUCUCCCAGUGUGGACGCUGCCAUCAUACUCUCUACCCUGUCCUACUGUCUCCCAGUGUGGACGCUGCCAUCGUACUCUCUACCCUGUCCUACUGUCUCCCAGUGUGGACGCUGCCAUCAUACUCUCUACCCUGUCCUACUGUCUCCCAGUGUGGACGCUGCCAUCGUACUCUCUACCCUGUCCUACUGUCUCCCAGUGUGGACGCUGCCAUCAUACUCUCUACCCUGUCCUACUGUCUCCCAGUGUGGACGCUGCCAUCAUACUCUCUACCCUGUCCUACUGUCUCCCAGUGUGGACGCUGCCAUCAUACUCUCUACCCUGUCCUACUGUCUCCCAGUGUGGACGCUGCCAUCAUACUCUCUACCCUGUCCUACUGUCUCCCAGUGUGGACGCUGCCAUCAUACUCUCUACCCUGUCCUACUGUCUCCCAGUGUGGACGCUGCCAUCAUACUCUCUACCCUGUCCUACUGUCUCCCAGUGUGGACGCUGCCAUCAUACUCUCUACCCUGUCCUACUGUCUCCCAGUGUGGACGCUCACAACUAAGGAAAUACUAGAACCUGUGGCGAGACUCUACAAUAGAGCAUAUAAGAUCCACCACAGGCUCCCUGGUUGGACCCACCACUGCACUGCUCUAUCACAGUCUGGGGCCUUGACUUUCCAGAACUACGCCCUGAGCCAUGGGAUUAAGCUCUACUUCCACCUGCUCAACAACUGCCCAUCGGCCUCACUGUCUGUUCUGGUUCCAAGACCCAGCUCUCGAUCCGAGCGUUCAACCAGAUCCACCACAAACCAAAUCUUACCCAUACCUCACCACAGGAACACCUACGGACAAAAUUCAUUCUUCUGUGAGCUCACCAGGGCCUGGAACAAGAUCCCCCUCACCAUAAGAACCAUACAGUCACCUGGACCUUUUAAAAAGACUAUGCUGAAACAUCUGACGGACAGCUAUCGUUGUGACCACUAG